UCUGUGGUUUUUCGUUCGCUGUCAGCGAUUCGUCCUUGUAUAUUUUUUAAUGUUUAUUUGUAUUGUUACUUAAUUAAUGUUAACAAGCUAUGUAAGAACUUGCUUUAUGAUCUCUACUGAUAAUCCCGGAUAAUGUCGUUAAAUUUUGCGUCCUGUGAUUAUACGAGACCACAGUGAUGAAGGCGUUUUUGCCGUCAGAAUAUUAAGUUUCCUGUUUCCUGAAUCAAACUCACACUACUGCUAAUUUAAAACCUUGCAAAUGGCUGAGGUUGGUAUUGAGUGGCUUAAAGAACUUCUGGUUGAUGUCCAGCUCAGUCAGUUCUUGGUAUCAAUUAGAGAUGAUUUGCAAAUCACAAGGUUGGAGCAUUUCGAUUUUGUUAAACCUGAAGAUUUGGAAAACAUAGGACUGAGUAAACCAGGAGCCAGAAGGCUAUUGGAAGCAGUGAAAAAGAAAAGAGCUCACCAGAAAAAAAGAAACUUGAUUAAUAAAUUGAUUCCUGCUUCAGGAAAAAGCAAUUCAAGUAAAAAAAUUAAUGAUGGGAUAUCUGAUAGCGAUUUUACUUCUUGCUUGAUUCAAGAGAGCAAUAUCACUUUAUCUGUCAAGUUAGGAGAUGGCAGUUUUGGAGUUGUUAGGCGAGGUGAGUGGACAAGCCCAAAUGGUAAAAUAAUACCAGUUGCGGUGAAAGUGCUAAAAGCAGAUGCCCUCAACCAGCCUGGAGUUUUUGAAGAUUUUAUAAAGGAAGUGCAAGCAAUGCAUUGCUUAAAUCAUCAAAAUCUCAUAAGGUUGUAUGGGGUAGUCUUGUCUCAACCAAUGAUGAUGGUCACUGAGUUGGCUCCUUUGGGUGCCCUUUUGGAUUUCCUGCGAAAACAAUGCCAACACACACCUGUGCCAAUGUUGUGUGAGUAUGCCACUCAAGUGGCUAAUGGCAUGGCAUAUUUGGAAAGUAAGCGCUUCUUGCACAGAGAUUUGGCUUGCAGAAAUGUUCUUUUAGCUGCAGUUGAUAAGGUUAAAAUAGGCGAUUUUGGACUAAUGAGAGCACUGCCGCAAGAAGACGACUGUUAUGUCAUGACUGAACAUAAAAAGGUUCCAUUUCCGUGGUGUGCCCCCGAGUCAUUAAGAUCACGACAAUUUUCCCAUGCUUCAGACACUUGGAUGUUUGGAGUUACUGUAUGGGAAAUGUUUACUUUUGGAGAAGAUCCUUGGAUGGGUCUGAUAGGAUCAGAAAUUUUACGCAAAAUCGACAAAGAAGGGGAGCGCUUGGUGCUGCCUGAAGCCUGUCCACCGCCCAUUUAUAGCAUCCUGCUUCAGUGUUGGGCUCGGAACCCUCAAGAGAGGCCAACCUUUGCGGCUUUGAAAGAGUUUUUCCGUAGAAAUACCACACCAAUUAUGAAGGCCUUAGAUAAGCAGGAGGAACCUGACAAGCUUCAAAUUAAAGAAGGGGAUGAGAUUGCUAUUAUAGAUGGGAGUGCCGAGUUGUAUUGGUGGAAGGGGCAAAACCAAAGGACAUUUGAAAUUGGAACAUUUCCGAGGUGCAUUGUUAAUCCAAUGCGGCCCAAACAACCCGAGGAUAUAAGCAAACCACUGGAUAACUCAUUUAUUCACACUGGUCAUGGGUCUCCUUUCGGCGAAAGUUGGGGCAGCCCUUCCCACAUCGAUGAUAUGUACCUGAAAAACCCGAUGGAACCGCCGGAUCUCAUAGGCAUGAAACGUCAACCUAAACCAUCACCUCAACUCUGUGAUAGAAGAAAAUCCAGCUCUAAAUCUUUAGUGAAUGGCUCUCUAAGGAAUUCAACUGAUAAGCAAUUCAGCUAUAAGAAACUUAAGAACCAGGAUAGUUUUAAGGUCAAGCCUAAGAGACCGCCGCAGCCCAAAAUUAAUUCUGCCACUGAAUCUCCAAUAUUGAUAGAUAUUACUUCAGAUAGUGGGAAUGCAGUUUUACGGUGUAACAAUAAUUUCGAAAGUGAAUCUCACCCAAUUUCUUUGCUGGAUGAACCUAUCGAUGUGCCCCAAGAAAAUUUAGAUGAUUCAACAAGUUGGACGUCUGAUAGUCUCCAGAAGGUGGAAAACGCGCCACCUCCUUACCAUAGUCCACCAGCUUAUUAUAACACUCUCUCUGUAUCUCAGCCUUAUGAUCCGUUUGACACUUCUAGUCUUUUUCCAGACCAGAAUUGUCCAUAUUAUUCUCGAAUCUCGCCAGUUCCCAGCAUUCAAUCUGUAGAUGUUAACCUCCAAACUGAAAUAAUGAAAAAAAUCCAAAAUUAUAAUGCUCAGACUGUAACCAAUGGAGUUCCUGCCCCCGUUUUAAAGGCCGGUACUAGUUAUGUGGCCAGCGAUAUAAGUAAUCGCGGUUUGAAUUACAUUAGGUCAGGUGUUGCAACUUCAAAGGGUGUAAAAUCGCCACAAAAAGGCAUUGUCGGUCCUGUCGCGAACGAACAACUGAUCACUAGUGUCUCAUUGAUGAAAUUGGAUGACUCACCAACUAAGAAGAGAACUGAAGGUUCGUUCCUAGCUGAUCUUGAGAAAUAUUUGUUGGGGAAGGAAAGUGGUACUACAGAUAUACCACUGAUUGCUCCUCCCCCACAGGGGCACUCAAAGAAUGUCGAAAAGGAGAAGGAGAUUGGGGCGCAAGUACUGCCAAAGGUUCAGAAUUCUACAUAUUCGAAUUUAAACGAAGUCUACUCAAAAACUAGCUCUUCAUCACAAAAAAACGACACUGCCUUUCUUUUGAAUAAGAUAUGGCUGGAGAACAACUCAAGUGUUAAUGGAAAUAUCAGUCCUGAUAAACAAAAUGCUCAAUCAAAUGGUGAAAAAGUUUCUGAAAAAGGUAAAACAUAUGUUGUCGAGUCGGAGUUUGGGCAGUUCAAGAGUAACAGACGAUAUGAUCCUGUGUACUGUCCAAGUAGUGUCACCUAUGAAGCUAUUAGUGACUAUGAUGUUAUUACAGGCCUAAGUAGACGUUUAGCUUCUUCGGCGUCUUCCACCACUUACGAGCCGCUAAAUUUUGGUUACGCCUCUACCAAUUCCUCUGCUUCAAUCUACAACAACCUCUACCAGUCAUCUGGUAGCAGUUGCUACCAGACAGCUGAUUCUUACAAUAACACUCAAACAACAGGUUAUGGGUAUGCUACCACCAAUUCUAGACAGUAUUCGGAGGUGGGAGAAAGGCUUUACCAUGAAAUACCUGAGAACUUAUAUAGCCAGGUGCCCGAAGAGGCGCUGAGACCGCACAGGCCUGCUCCUACCACACCCGGGCAAGGACAGCCUCUCAGCAUGCAACAGAUUCAGCGAAAGAUACAACAAGGGCAGCUAAGUGCCGAUGCGGAAAGGCUAAUGACGCCCGAAUAUCGCAACAACAAAAUUGGACAGGUAAGGGAGUGUGUUCCAGAAUCAAAUAGUGAAGAGUGCCUAUCGGCACUGCAAUCAUGUGGGUGGGAUGUACCGUUGGCAAUUAAAACUAUCAAGAUUAACACCUUAUUAAAGUUAGGGUUGGCAGAUAGCAGCUCAUGCGAGGCAGCUUUGCAUAGGACGAAUUGGAACGUAGAACUUGCCGCUUCAGCGAUACUAGAUAAUUAGUAGACAACAAUAGAGUGUUAAAGUCAAUGCAAAAAAUUUAAACAGU